AUGGCCAACAUUCACCAGGCCACAUAUGUAUACAAGCUCGUCCACCCGACUACGCCUCCCCCAGAUCCAUUGCCAGCGAGUCUUCCACUUAGCGAGUUGGACGUUCAAUCGGGGUUCAUCCAUCUCUCGACUGCGCGACAAGUCCCUGGUACGCUGAAGCUCUUUUUCACCGAUGAGCCGCGUAUGUACGUCCUCCGCAUCCCAAUCAAGGCGAUCGAGAAGGACCUCAGAUGGGAAGCUCCUUCGGUACCAGUGAGCGGAGAUGGGGACGUAGAGAGUACGUUCCCGCAUUUGUACAACAGGACAUUAGGCAGUGCUGAGGUAGAGAGCGUGGCCCUCUGGGAGAAGGGCGAGGGGACGUGGGAUAACGUGCUGGGGACAGAAGAGGUUACUUCAUGGUUAUUUGAUUGA